AUGUCUGCUGGAACUUUUUCAACUCAGGUUUCUGGGGCUGGCUUUGUUGGCAUGAAGUCCAACUCAUCGACUCUUUGCCAUAGUACACCAUCCAUAGGAUGGAAAAGGAAGAUUGUUUCCAAUGGUUCCAAGACUUACUGCAUGAAGACGUGGAAUCCCAUCAACAAUAAGAAGUUUGAAACACUGUCCUACCUGCCACCUCUUUCAGAUGAAUCCAUUGCAAAGGAGAUUGACUACAUGAUCAGGAAGGGAUGGAUUCCUUGCCUUGAAUUUGAUGAGUUGGGGUAUGUACGUAGAGAAAACAGCCAUAUGGCAGGGUACUAUGAUGGAAGAUAUUGGACAUUGUGGAAGCUACCGAUGUUUGGUUGCAGUGACUCUUCCCAAGUUCUGAACGAGAUCCAUGAAUGCAGAAGGACAUAUCCAAAUGCAUAUAUACGAUGCUUAGCAUUUGACAACCACCGUCACAUGCAGUCCAUGGCUUUUAUCGUUCACAAACCUCCCACAGCUGCUACCACUUGA